AUGGCUGAUAAAGUUGUCACGUGGAGUCACAUGUCUGAGAUGAAGUCGCCGAUCAAACUCGAAUUCCCCAAAGGAGGUUGUGGUUUCAGCAAUGCACUGUUUUGUGUCUACUUUCUCAAAGUCACACGGUCUCAGGUGUUGGCUGCAAACAGAACACACCACACCGUUAGCAUAAUUCCUCAUGGUCACGUGCUCAUAGGGCAUGGACAGGUGACAAGGCAUGUGGACAUCGCUUUCAGCAGGUUGAGGAGUUUUUCCGUAAAGAAUUCGAGACAUUCUCCAGAGAUGGCAAAGGUUAUGAUCGGUAACAAUCCUCAAGUGGACAAAGGGAAUGCAAAUUUUAAUGGAUUGUUUGAAUGUUUUAAAAAAGGUGGCUUAACAGACUUUAUACAGUGUCCCGAGUAUAUUUCUACACUUGAUUUUUCUGCGCAGAACCUUCGAUACAGAGAACCUCAAAUACGCAAUCCUGACUUUAUCUUUAUUCCCGACGACAAAUGCCAGCUGCAACAAUUUGUGUUUCUACUAUUAAAUGAUAUUUGGAUGAAUGGUCAAAGGAUAAAAUGCCCAUGGGAGAUUCGUGUUCGAUGUGGAGGGCACAGCUACGAGGGGCUUUCCUACACUGCGGACGCUCCUUUCGUGCUUAUCGAUCUUCAAAAGCUGAACAAAGUCACUGUGGACGAGAAAUCAGAGACGGCCUGGGUAGAAGGAGGCGCCACGUUAGGUGAAGUUUAUUCUGCUAUAGCAGAAAGCUCGCCUGAGCUCGCGUUUCCUGCAGGAAUUUGCCACACUGUGGGCUCCGGUGGUCAUUUCGCAGGUGGGGGGCUGGGUUUUCUGUCGAGAAAGUACGGCCUUUCAGUUGACAAUGUGUUGGACGCCCUCCUGAUAAAUGGGUCAGGGGAGAUGGUGAAUAGAAUCCAAAUGGGCGAAGAUGUGUUUUGGGCCCUGAGAGGAGGCGGCGGUGGCAGCUGGGGAGUUGUUUGUGCCUGGAAAAUCCGGUUGGUGGCGGUGCCUCCAGUUUUAACAGCCUUCAAAGUGUUGAAAUAUGGUACAGAUACUGUCACGGAGACCGUGAACAGAUGGCAAUAUGUUGCUCCCAAAUUGGAGGACAACAUCUUCAUGCAAGUAAAGGUCGACUUUAACGAGAGAAAAGUAAUCAGAGCCUUGUUCGAAGGAACAUACCUUGGGUGUCAGAACGAGCUGGUGCAUAAAAUUGCGCAGAGCUUCCCAGAGCUUGAACUGGAGUCGGCAAAUUGUGAAGAAAUGAGUUGGAUAAAGACAAUUGCCUACUUCGAGAACAACAUCCCAAUCAGUGAAUUAACUAACAGGUAUUAUUACAAGAAGAGCUACUUCAAAGUGAAGUCAGAUUUCGCCAAUGUCCCUCUUCCAGAGUCUGCGCUGAGAGAACUGUGGAGCAGAAUGGCAAAAGAGCCGUGUGUGUAUACAAUUUUCUUUCCCUUGGGAGGGGAGAUGGACAGGAUACUCUCCGAUGCGAGGCCGUUUCCUCAGCGAGCUGGGACAUUGUUCAGCAUACACUACAACAUAUCCUGGACUGAGAGUGGUGAAGAUGAUUACUACCUUAAGUGGAUGAGGGAUCUUUAUAAAUACAUGGAACCUUAUGUCUCCCAUUGUCCCAGGGCUGCAUACGUGAACUUUCUUGACCUUGAUCUGGGCACUGGCCACGAUUCCGUUGAAGAGGCCAGAGUUUGGGGUGAAAAGUAUUUUGGUGCAAAUUUCGAUAGGCUUGUUGAAGCUAAAACGCAGGUGGAUCCCGCUAACAACUUCAAUAAUCCUCAGAGCAUUCCUCCUAGGUGUGAUUAUAAUAUUAAGAAAUGUGUUGACAUAAAAGGAAGCUCCUAA